AUGCGUGCCACUAUCUUCCUAUCUACGCUGGCUGUUGUCUACGCGGCUCCUGCCCCUCAGAUGAUCAACAUUGGUGCAGUCGAAGCUCAGAAAGUCACCACCGUUGUCCCUCCGGCUGCUGCCGCAACCGACGCCGUCGUCUACAAUGCAGCAAGCGCUGCUUCGAAAGCCGCUGAAGAGAUCACUGCCAACGGCCUAUCGAAGCGCACCGAUUGCGGAGUCCAUGAUCUAUGCUGUGUCCAGCCCGACGGCUUUGGCCUGGUGGCUUCUCCGGAUACUGUAGAUGCUUUCUUGGCCUCUCCGGUGUACUCCGAUAUCGCUGGUGAUGCCCCGGCACCUCAAGGGUACAGCCGGCCAUUUUCAAACCUCCAGGCCUCGACUUCGGCGCCUGGCUACCUUGGUCUCUACACGCUCUCGUCGUAUGAUACCAUCAAAUGUCAGCAGCUUUGCGAUGCUGAAUCCGCUUGCUACGGCUUCAAUAUUUACAUGGAGCGCGACCCCAGUGUUAAUCCAGCCGCCGAUCUCUGCCCGAACCCACCGAGCAUUACCAACUUCAAGUGCACGCUGUGGGGUGCUUCGCUCACCGCUGAGACUGCCACCAACCGGGGCCAGUGGCGCGAGCAGUUCCAGGUCGUCAUCGCAGGCUCAAACGGCUACAACAAGCUCGCCACUCCUCCUGCACAAGACGGCUUCAAAGGACCCACUCGCCUUGGCGGCGCGAUCCAGGCACCGCUGAACAGCGCCGGCCAAGACACCUACAUCGGCAUGCACUUCUUUCCCGGCGUCUACGACCCCAGCCAAUGCGCCGCUGCCUGCAAAGCCACGACCGAGUACAACCGCCGCCAUGCCACUAACGGCGACUUCAAGUCCUGCGCUUUCUUCAAUUCUUACGUCUUGAGCGAGAACAACGUCGCUCAGGGCACGUACUGCUCUUUCUAUACGCAGGUGUGGGACGCGAGAUACGCUACCAACUACGGUCAGCAUCGCGGCGACUCUUACUACAGCGUCAGCCAGAGCUAUGCGUACACUGCGGAGACCAGGGUGGUCAGUCAGCUUCCUUAG